CACCAAUCUCCCCGGAAUCUCGUCGGAUCUUCAUUUCAUCUCCAAUUCUUCCUUCCUCUUGACAUCUGUCUCUUCAACCCUACAUAGAUUACACCCAUCAAUUGGACCGUUCAAUCCAAUACAAUUUACAGCGCAAUGUCACCCGCGCUGCACCCCCCACGGGCUCUCCUCAAUUGCCCGCAUUCCCAACUCACCACGACCAUCGCAUCUCGCCUCUUCCACCACCAACAUCCUCACCACAACUACACCCUCCUCUCAACACGCUCCUACGCCUCACACUCCAACAAAUCCAACACCAAAUCCCACACACGCCCCUCCUCCGCCGCCCAACCCACCACCACCCCAACCACACCAUCAACAUCAACCUCCACAAUAAUCCUCACCACCCUAAACCCACCCCCGAGCACCCGACCCGCCUCCCUCGCCCUCCCACCCACCCCCUCCCCAAACACCUCUCUCCCCCCAUCCUCCAAACUAAAACGCUACAUCACCAUCGGCCGCGCAUACCUCACCUUCUACAAAACAGGCCUAAAAAACGUCUACCACAACUACCGCGCCGCGAUCCCUCUCCGACGGACCCUGAACCUCUCACCCUAUAUCCCGAGCACGAUACCACCACCACCACCACCAGCUACCAAGAAUGCCAGCAGCAGCACUCCAUUCUACAAGACCUUACAAACGAACGACCUCCACCGCUCACACUUCCAACUCCUCCGGCGCUCCGCGCACGACAUCCGCCGCAUGAUCCCCUUCUCGCUCAUCCUGAUCAUCUGCGGAGAACUCACGCCCCUGGCUGUGCUUGCGCUGGGGAAUGCGAUCACGCCGCUGACGUGUCGGAUUCCGCGACAGCUAGAGAAAGAGCGGGAGAAGCGGGCGCGGGCGAAGCGGGAGGCGUUGGUUGUUGGGACGGGGUCGGUGACGCCGCCUGGGGUUGGGUCUGUGGAGGAGAUGGGGGUGUUGAAGCGGAUGGUGGAUAGGAGUUGGAUUGAGGGUGCGGGGGCUGGGGAGGUGAUGCGGGCUUGUGCGGUGUUGGGGUUGGCGAGGUCGUAUGAGAGACCGGGGUGGUUGGUCCGGGUGGUGUAUCGGGGGAGGUUGAGACGGUAUGCGGAGUAUUUGGCGUGUGAUGAUGAGUUGAUUCGGAGGGGUGGGGGCGUGGCUGGGAUGGAGGCGGAGGAGGUGCGCAUUGCGGUGGAGGAGAGGGGUGGGGUGGGGGUUGGUGUUGGGGGGGUGAGGGAGGGUUGGGAGGCUGAGAGGGAGGAGAGGAGGUGGUUGGAGAGGUGGGUUGCUGGGAAUUAGAUGGGUUGUUCUGUAGGGAGGAGGGUUGAUGUAAUUCGCCUUGUCUCUCCUCUGUAUACUACUCACUGCUAUGUGUAUCAUAUGGAUAGAUGGGGUUGGUGGAUGUGGAUAUAUCUGCAUGCAUAUAUGUACAUUAGUCAAUCAAGACAGUAUCGAUCAUUUUUGACUCGUCAUCUUGCCACAGGGCUAACAGGGCUUGCCGGCAUAUCACCGAUAAAUCCCGAUCAGUACUUACUGAUAUCCUAGAUAGCAUAGCAUAUAAGAGAGCUAAUACACACUGUACAGGUCACCUCCGAUCAAGUCCACAGAAUCCUCCCCGACGCCAUCCAUCCAUUCAUCGUGACUCGUCACGCCAUUCUCAUACCCCCCAAAUCCAGCAAGUCCCACAAGGUAUCAUCGUAUCAUAUAUAGCGAAAAUGCUCAACAUACUCAAAUCACAUUCAAGUCAGACAGCCACACACUAAAAC